AUGCCGAUGGUUAUUAUGCAAAAUGGUCAAUUAUCCCCAUUAAAUCAAAUCUUUCCUCCUUCGUUAUAUGGUUUUCCACCCACUCAAUUAUCAAGAUCAAUAAACACAUAUAAUAUGACUCAUAGCAGCGAACAAAUCGAAGUUCCUGAAAAUACCCACUCCAGUCCAUGUGAUGCCAAUGUUCACUCAACUCCAACUAUCAAUAAACGAACUCGUGACGAUCAACGAACAUCUGACCAAAUUUCGAAUCAGCAACAACCCGUAAAUAAUCUUCCUACACGUCAAACAGGUCAACUUUUUUCAACUGGAUAUGCGACAUUUCGCCAGGUGAUUGAAAACGAACACGUGGUUACUAAUCAAGUAGGACGUUUUGCUACAACUCGCUAUUCUUUCUCUCCUUUCAUCGUCCAUUUCAAAGAAGAUCUUCGUGAUAAACUAGUGGUUGAACAUUUAGUCAAAAAUGCAAAAGAACAGUGUAAUAAUUUUGAUUUACAUGUGUUAGGUUAUUGUAGAAUUCAAAGAAAUUGUGUUGUUGCUGAAUAUGAUAUUUUAGUAUUUGUAGAAAAUACACAAUCAUUUGCUUUUUUACGUGACGUUGGAAAUUGGCCUGCACAACUUGUUGGAAAAGAAUAUACUCGAAAGAUGCCUUCUAUUUCUCCUCAAUUAUCAGGUGUCAUUCAAAAUGUUGCUUUUAACGUCGACUGGGAUGAAUUUGUUCAGGAUCUUAAACGUCAGUAUCCUCAAGUAGCCAAUGUUAUUCGAUUGAAAAAUCGUAAUCUCAAAGAUCUUAAAUUAGUCAAAGUGAAAUUCAACUCUGCUACUAUUCGUAAUAAAUUUUUGGAAGGAAAAUACGUAUACGUGCACUUUAUGCGGUAUCCAGUAGUGGAAUAUAUGGCUUUAGCUCAAGUAUUAAUAUGUUCUCGAUGUAUGCAUAUUGGUCAUUUUCAGAAAAAUUGUCCACAGAAAGAUGAAGUAACUUGUAAGAUAUGUGGUGCAAUAUGUGCUGAUUUAAAAAAAACACGAAUGCCACGAUUUCAUUUAUCUUUAUUCUUUAAUAUGAAGAUCAAUAAAGAUAAAGUAACACCCCUACUAUCAACAAGAAAUAAAGUUCAAGCUAAUCAACUUGUAAAAAAUAAUCCUGCUUUUACUACAUCGAAUUUUCCUUGGUUAAAUCAUUUGUCUCCAGCUAAUACAUUCACUGCUAAUGACAAUCACGUUGAUACAUUUGGAAUGUUCUAA